AUGCGUCAGGCGUAUGCGACAGCAACACCUCAACCGACUUCUCUCCCCACAAAUACACCAGGGAGUGUAAUGCAGACAACAUCAUUGAUUUCACCAUCACAACAGUCGCAACACCAACACCGUAGUGUUCAUUCAGUUGAUGCAUUAAGACCAUUCACAGAUGGGACACAACGAACAGUAUCUGGUAAUGUUAAUGGUAAUGGUGUUAGUAAUAAUAGUAAUGGUGUGCCUUCUGCAAUUACAGAAGUUCAACAAAAAUUGGCAGCUAUUCAAUCCCGAAAUGGUAUGGGCCAAAACCGACGCUGUCUGCAAGAACAUCAACAAGGUAGAGGAGAAGGACAAGAAAGACAAAGAGAUUUAAUGUACUCCGCUCAGCAUUUGAGAGAUAAUAAAUUAUCUAAACCUCUUGAGGAUGAGACGUCACCAGUAUCUCCUGCUAUUUCUUCUACCUCAUCGGGUAGUUCAAGGCAUGGUGAAUUUAUAAAUAAUCACCCCUCUGGAGUCACAGCUCCUACCACCAAUAAAGGAAUUGACAAUAAUAAUGAUGAUGAAAAGUUAACACCGCAAGAAAUGGCCUUUCUUCGUGUAGUAGAAUUUUCCGCCCCUCUCAGAGUUUAUGCGCAACUAGAUCCAGGAUCUAAACCUGUUUCUAUUUGCGAUGAGGCAAUAGCUAAGCUUUUUCCUCAUCAUCUCGUCCUUGUUCGACCGGAAGGUGUUGCUGCUGUUGAGCUGGUUAUAGAAGAACUCUGCGAACUGAAUGAGGAUGAUGUAGAUGGUGCACUUGAUUGUAUUCUACAGCCAAAGGGCACAUCACGACGGCAACUCGUUCGUAUUCUCUGCUCUGACGCGCUGGCACGCGGGGCAUUGUUCAAACUCAUUUCCGCAAGGCGAACAUUACUGGCGAAGACUAGAUGA